AUGGAGGCGGCAAAGGAUGAGAAACUGUUUCGAUGCUCUUGGAAUGGUGAUGUCUCGACAUUCCAGGACUAUGUGCGGCGAGUCCGACUUGCUUUCAGCCGCACGAAGAAGAAGCAUCGAAAACAUCUCGCAGCAGACUUGGUGUCCCAGCUGACGGGACGUGCAUGGACGAUCACCCAAGAGAUCAGUCAUGAAAGGUUGGUCAAAGAAGAUGGCGCAAAGUACCUCGUCCAGUUCUUGGAAUCCCAUCUUGCCCGAGUUCCUGUGCCUGACGCUGGAGCUAAAGCAGAAGAGUUGUUAGUGAAGCUCCGUCGACCUUUCGGCAUGAGCAUGAGUACUUGGUGCGCCACCGUUCGUGAACACUACCGGCAACUCCAACGUGCCUUGAAGAGAGCUGCACCUCUCAAUCCUUCCGGAGAGAAGGACACUACUCCUAAGAGGUCUCCCUCGGUGCCAUCAACAUCGUCUCCUCCGUCCCCGGCCCGAUCAAGUCGAAGGACAUCUAAGAGAACAGUGCCAGAACCUGAGGCACCCGAUGAGGAAGAGGACGAUGAAGACGAUAUGGACUUCGAGUAUCCUGACUCGCCUGAUGGUGAUGACCCAGGAGAAGAGAGUGAUGCUCGUCGCCAAUGGCACGGUCGAGGGCGCAAGGCAAAGUCCCAAAAGUCUGAUUCAUCUGAUGAUGAUGAUAUGCAGUGGGGAGUUCGACUUUGGGGUGAUAUGGAUUCAAGCCUUCCGGAAGAAGAACUUCGACUUCAUGAACGAGACCCCGAAGGCCGAGGAAAAGGAAAAGGGAGUGCCCAUCGACAGAAACCGAGAGCCAACUUCUGGGUUGAACAAGAUGGUGAAUGGGGCCUCUUGAUCGAUGACCAGGAGGCAAACGAAUGGCUUGAAGAUGGUGCAGUGCAUUGGGUUGGCCAUGACCUUUCGACCGUCUAUGCCUCGAUGGAUGAAGGGACGACUCGAACUCCAGAAGUCCAGAGUCGACCUGACAGUAAUGGUUUUUGGCAUCAAGAUGAAGACGGAGGCUACACCUUCUGGAACAAAGCCACUGAUGGUGAAUACUACUCUCAGGAUCAAGCCGGCACCUUUUGGGCUUGGUCCGACUUUGAAGAUGAUCAAGUGUGGUGGUCAGCCACGCCUGAACAGCAGAAGGAGAUCUCCGAGGCCUACGCCAACUAUGAAGGAAAAGUGAGGUCCUUUGCCGAAUCCCGUGCCCUUCUACGUCAUAAGAACUUGAGCAGAGGUUUCUACCCGAAGAAGGGCAAAGGCAAAGGAAAACCAUCGAGCUUUUCCAAAGGAAAAGGGGCAAAGGCGGCUCCAAUGCCCACUUUCGUUGUGGAGAGCCCCGGACCUUCGAAUGAUGUGUUUGCAGCCUCUGGAACUCCAGGCAGUGCUGGCUACACCGGAUGUUUCGUGUGUGGAAGUAAAGGCCACACCUUCCGAAACUGUCCUUCUCGCUCCAACACCUCAUCUUCUUCUAAGGGUUCGGGGAAGAUCUUCAUGGUAGCCGAGGUUGAAGAGCACUAUGAAUCAGAGAUCCCUGAAGUGAGCCAUAGAAUGGACAUCCCUCAGAUUCUUUCCUCUGAGGUCUUGCAGCCAGAACUUCAGGGCUAUGGUGUGCUCGACACUGGCGCCACGGAAUCGGUGAGUUCCUUAGCGGCCUUGGAGUUCAUCCACCUCAGGAGGACCGAGUUGCUUGGGCAUGGUAACCAUGUGACUGUGAUCCCUGGGCCUCAGAAGAUGUUUCGUUUUGGAAAUGGUUCCCUUCAAUUCAGUGAAUCCUAUGUGCACCUGAAACAAACCGUUGGCCCUCAUGAGAUUGAUCUUGGCGUGUUCACGCUGGAUUCGAAAGGAGUGCCUUUGUUGAUCGGAGUUCGGACUCUUGAGAGGCUAGGUAUGAGCCUGCGGAUCUUAGCGAUCCUUGCCACGGCCUCGUUCACUUCUCCCCAUGGCGGCAACCACUACUCCGAAGAAGACUACGUCCUCCCGAGCCAAGGGGAAACAAAUGCUCGAGGAACGCACGACCCAGCGCCACCGGGUCGCGGCUCACCGACGGGCUCCAACGCCCAUGCAUACUGGGUGGCAUGCAAUCGAUGCCAACUCCGGCUCUUGUAUGUCCCCAGCUACGGAGCCCACGGCCUGACAAGAGCAGCAGGUCCGUUACCUUCGGACGCGGCAGCCAAGGUGAAGGAGUUGGGAAACUCAGCGGCUUACAGCCCAGAGAUGCGCAACAAGAACGUGGGUUUGGACGCUGCCGAGAAUUCCUUCAUGAAACGCUUGGAAGUCAUCCGGGCUCAGAAGGAGCAACAUCGUCAAGGCAAGCCGGAGACGAAACCAAAGGCCAAGGCAACUCAGGGCUACAUCAAGGAAGAGCCGCCGAGGGAUCCGGAAGUCAUGAGCCAAACGCCUGGUCGGAAGGUUCGCAAACCCGAGGAUGCAGCAGAGCUCCUGGAGUACCAGAACCGGAGCGAGAUCCAGUACAAGGCCGAAGAGACUUUGGAUCUUGGAGCAGUGCUUUCAAAGUAUGACCUCAUUCCCAAGAAUGUGAACAUGGAUCCUCGCACUGUGCUCUUACAGAAUGACACGGUCCUUGAGAAUUUGGCCAUGGCGAUGAGCAGUGAUCUCCAACAGAAUGAGCUCGUCCCUGACUAUGACGACAUUGAGAAUGAGGUGCCUGACUAUUUGCUCGAACCUUUGAAGUACUAUGAGGCUCCGGGAGAGGAGCAGGUGACCGAUGAUGAGCAUGGAUAUGGUCCAGAAAAGUUAGAAGACUUGGCACCGGAAGACCAGAACUUCAUCGAGGAGACACUGCAAGAGAAGAGGCUGGCCUUUGAGGAUUGUUUGGCAUCAUGCUCCUCGCCAACGUUGCCAGAGAAGUUGGACCUCAUGGAACUCUGCUGUGAGGAGGAUAGCUUGAUCACCCGAACAUGGCGUUCCUCUGGAGGAAAGGCUGGUCGGAUGGGUUUGUUCAACCAUUGCAAUCUCCUCACCGAUGCUGGAACCCAGGAGGCAAUUAGGUUGGUGCAACUUCACAGACCCGAGAUUCUGUGGGUCGCCUUCCCGUGCGGCGCAACUUCACCUCUUCAGCAUCUCAACGAGCUCACUCCAGAAGGCCGAAAGCGCAGCCAGCGCCGAAAGGCCCGAUCACGUCGACUCAUCAAGAAUGGCAUCAAGGUGAUCGAAGCUCAGUUGAAUCAGGGCGGAGAAAUUGUCCAGGAAUGGCCACUUCACAAUGAGGCCUGGAAGUUUGACAUCGUGAAGGAUCUGUGGAACGCCCUGAGUGGAGUUGAGAGAUGCGAAGAUGUUUUGUUGGAUGGCUGCCAGUUUGGUCUGAAGUCACCUCAGGGUGAGUUCAUGAAGAAACCCUGGCGUUUGCGAUCAUCACGCCCGGGUAUGAUGACAUCAAUGGGACGUCGUUGUGAUGGUCGGCAUCAACACACUCCAGUGAUGGGAGGCGAUUUGGCAAAGAGGACAGCCCUGUAUACUCCAGCUAUGUGCAGGGCAGCUUGCAGAUGCUUCAACGAGUUCCUGAGCCAGUCAAGAGUUUUUGGGGCACUAGAGGUGAAGAUUGAUAGAGAAGGUCUCAAGACCCUCACCGAGAAGGAGCUCGCUCAUUUGGCUGAAACGGCCUUGAAGCUUCAUCGUCUUUGUGGGCACCCCGGAAGUCACGCACUGGUACGCACUCUCGCGGCCAAAGGAGCUGAUGGGAAGCUGCUUGCAGUAGCAGAGCAACUGAAAUGCAUGGAGUGCCUUGAGGGCACAAUGAAGAAACCAUCGCCCAAGGUGUCUUUAGAGAAAGAGCAGAAGCUGUGGCGAACCCUCCAAAUCGACGCCUUUGUCCUUAAGAAAGGAGAUGCAGUACACCACUUCCUCCUGAUGCUGGAUGAGGCUUCGGGUUUCUCCGUGGUUCAUGAGAUGAUGUCGCACAGUGAUGAACAGCAUGAGAACAUCACAGCACAGGCAACUCUGGAUGCCUUAGUUCAAUGCUGGUUUCAAUACUUUGGCACCCCAGCUUGUUUGCGAUGUGAUUUGGAAGGAGCCUUCAGAGGUGAUCUUUUGGAAACUUUCUGCAAGAGCCGCGACAUAGAGCUUUCCUUCGUGCCUGCCGAACAUCAUGAAGCAACUGGAGAUGUAGAGCGAGCAAUCGGAGAACUGAAGAAGAAGAUGCUAGCAUACCUCCGGCAGGACAAUUCUGCUGAACCACGCCUUGCUGCGUACGAGAUGUGUGCUGCACAUAAUCGUUUUGCUCGAGUGAGUGGGUUUUCCCCAAUUCAAUGGGCUUUUGGCCGAGAUCUUUCUGAUGAUACUGGACUCGCGACUUUGAGCGCAGCUGGUGAUCCAACCUCAGAGAUGAACAAGAACCUGCAGCUAAGACUUGAUGCUGAGGCUCAAUAUCGAAAGAUGCAGGGGCAAGACACUCAACGAGCUCGGGACAUUUACAUCACUCCAGUUCCUGAGUUGGCAGAACAGCUUUCCUGCAAACCUGGCGAAUGUGCCAAGAUGUUGAAGGCUGCAUAUAGCCUUGUCUCAGCACCUCGUGAGUGGUAUGGAGAGGUCAACAAUGUGAUCACCACCAAGCUAGGAAUGAAGCGCCUGACCACUGAUGGUUGUGUGUGGAUUCUGCAGGAUCCCAAGUCUCAGGAGACCCUCGGCUAUGUCGCCAGCCAUGUGGAUGACUUUUUGAUCUCCGGAUCCCCUGACCAUCCCUUGUGGCAGAAGACAGUAGAAGCCUUUAAGGGAGCCUUUUCAUGGAGCCCAUGGGAAUCCACUCCGUUCACCCACUGUGGCAUUGGUGUGUCUCAAGAAGCGGAUUGGAGUUUUCGUUUGUCACACCACACCUUCGUGGAGGAACUGCGCCCCAUCGUCAUUGAUGACAAGAGUGAGAUGGUCACAGCUCAAGAAAUGAAUCAAGCCCGGGCGCUGCUGGGAGCAAUGCAAUGGCGCUCCAUCCAGACUGGACCUCAACACUCCUCGAAAGUGUCUUGGCUUCAGAGCUCUCUCCCAAAAGGGGGUAAAGAUGUCCUGCACCAGAUCAACAAGUUGAGCAGAGAAAUGCACCACCAGCGCUAUCUGUCCGUGUCCACUCGACAGCUGGGAGCCGAAUCUGUGGACGACAUCGGAUUCGUGUGCUACACGGACGCUGCGGUGGCCAACCGGCCGAACUUUGCAUCAACGGGCAGACACUUGGUGGGAAUGGUCCAUCGACAUCAAGUUUGGGCGGCUUCUUUCGAUCCCGAAUUCGUCGCCGCGAAAAAGAAGAAGGGCAAGACUUCCACCACGGCUACCUCACAUGAGCCGGAUGAGGGAGCCGAAUUUGACGAGGACCUUUCGUGGCGGGAUUUGAUUUCCAAGUCCAAGACGGCACGAUCAGAGACUUUUCACGAAGAGUUUUUGGGGCAUGUCGGUUCGUUCGCUUCGGCCUUUGAAUGUUCGUUGCAAGACUCUGACGUGCCUGCUCGCCUCGAAUCAGGGACCCCUUCAGCCCGCGUCUACCAUAGACGCUUUUAG